AUGGCGACCCCGCAAGCGAAACGUCGCCGGCUAAAUGAAGCCACCAAGACGCUCCAGAAGCCGUUCAAAUCGCCGUUCCGCACGCCCUUGAAGCCUAGCAUAGGAGACGAUCCGCCAUCCUCAGAUCCGCCUGAGCUACACACUCCUGCCCGCAAGGCCGCGGAGACAAACGUCAACACUGCCAGGAAUAUCGCUCCUGCGAGCCAUUAUGCACAGCACUCAACCACCGCUGAGCCUUCUACACGACCACUGCCAACGCCGGCAACGUCCAAGGUGACAGCACGUGUUUCGAAAACUCUCGUCUCACGGCCAAACACAACCACACCUUUGCGGCUCGCUUCAAAGAAGACAGCAUCGAAACCCUCAGUCGCACGCGAGAUCAUGCAACUCCGCAAUGAGAUCCAGAUGCUUACACAAGCUCAGACCCUCGCUACCUCUACAAAAGAUGACGACUUGGUUAUGCUAAUAGAUAAAUGGCGCACAGCGAGUCGUGCAGCUGCCGAAGAGUUGUUUGGAAGUACUCGAGACAGAGUCAAUAGAAUGGGUGGGGUAGGCGCGUGGAAGGAACGUGAGAAGGAAUCAAAAGAACGGCAGAUGCAAUGGGAUAAGGAAGAGAUGGAGGCAGAGCGAGAGAAGAUGGAAAAAGCCAAAGAGAGCGGAGAUGUCUCGGAAGAAGAGUAUGAUCGGUAUGCUGAGAUGGACUCGGAGAGAGAGAAGGGAGAUGAGGAGGAGGAGACAUUCAAGUGCGCAGACGACGAUUCGUUUACGAUGGACAUGAUGCUCAAAACACUCAACAUAGACCUCAAGCUCAUCGGUUACAACAAGGAAGCGCAAAGAACUACACGAUACAAACUGAUGAAUGUUCACGGCGAUACCCUUACCAGCGACAGAGUUUGUCAACACCUAAUGCAGAUCUCUACGAAUGUUGAACGAUGCCAUGCCUGUGACGUCAUUCUUACUCCACACAGUACUACUACACUACUAGCAUUACUAAUGUUCACGCGCUACGACGGCCAUCGUGUUCCUCCAAGUACUCUUGAUAACCCAAUUCCCAACCUUUCAUACCAAUCCAAUCAUCUUCCUAAACAACCUAUCCGUUCCAGAUUCCCACUCCCAUCACCAACCAUGUCACUCAAAGGCCAAACCGUCCUCAUCACAGGUGCAUCAAUGGGCAUCGGCGCAGCCAUAGCCCAGCGUUUAGCCGCCGAAGACGCAACACUCAUCCUCUUCGCCCGCUCAGGCGACAAGCUAAAAGCCUUGUCCGACUCUCUCAAAGCCAAGCACUCGAACCUAAAAAUAUUCCUAUCUGUCGUCGACGUCCAAGACCACACCUCCCUCAGCACUGCCAUCUCACAUAUAGUCCAACAAGUCUCACACAUUGACGUUUUGAUCAACAACGCUGGUCUUGCCAUUGGUGCGCCCUCCAAGUUCCCCGACCUCCAAAUACAGGACAUCAUUACUAUGACGAACACUAAUAUCAAUGGAUACAUGUUUGCUGCAUACGCCGCAUUGAAUGAGGGAAAGAUGAAAGAGAGGGGCAAGGGCACGAUUCUCAAUGUCACUAGUACAACGGGGUUGGAGGUGCCGCCAUUCCCGGGUGAGGCGGUGUAUCAUGCUAGUAAAGCUUGUCAGGAGGCUUUCACCAACGUGCUAAGGACGGAGUUGGUGGGCACAGAUAUCAAGGUGCUUGCGUUACGACCAGGGGUUGUGGCGACGAAUUUCCAUGAACAGCGUGUUGGAUACGACAAGGAGAGCUAUGACACUUUCAUGACCGGCUUCGAGCCUCUUGUUGCUCCUGACGUUGCGGAAGCGGCUGCUUUCAUGCUAAGCCAGAAGGAUCGGGUUAGCGUGAAAGCGUUGGAUGUAGUGCCUACUGCACAGCGGAGUUUACAGGUGUUUGAUCGGGAGUGGAAUAGUAGAGACAAGGCGAGGAAUGAGGAGACGAUGAAAAAUUGA